AUGGCUCAGCAAACUUCCCUUGCGUCCAACAAUCCCCCUACCGACAAUCCCCCUACCGACAAUCCUCCUGACAUCGUCGUUGAGACCAUGUCUUCUCCCUCGCUUGGCAAUUCGUCUAACGUUGCUGGCGACAAGUCUGCCGACAAGCCCACUGACGCUGUCAUGACCUCUCCCUCGACCGACAACUCGUCUGACGCGGUCGCUAUCAAUGAUCAUUCUGACGUGGUCAUGGAGACUAUGUCUUCCCACGCCGCUGAGAUCUCGUCCAACAUCGCCACCAUCGACAGCCUUGAGGAUACUGCCAUCUCGAACAUUUCUUCUUCUUCAGUUGGCAACACUUCCAACAUGGCUAUUCCCGACAACAUCUCUGAUGUCGUCAUUGAGAUCGCUUCCUCCCCGUCGACUGGCAACUUGCCCAACUUGGCCACCGCCAACAAUCUGGCCACCGCCAACAACCUGGCAGACGUUGUCGUCUCGGUCGUGUCUUCUCCUUCCGUUGAAAACUCCUCCGACGUCGCCAUCGCCGGCGACUCUCCUGGUGCGGUCAUCGAGAUUAUGUCUUCCCCUUCCGUCGACAGCUCUUCCAACGUUGCCAUCGCCGACAACGCCUCCGACGCCGUCAUUGAGAUCACGUCUUCCCCCUUGGCUGCCGACAACUCGUCCGACACCACCCCCAGCGCUACCAGCCUCCACCGCCUUCCGCUUGCAGAGAUGGUCGCCGAGUCUUCUGGCCAGCUUGUCGGUAUCAGCCCGAACGCGGACGCCCAUGCGCGCCGCCCUGGCUACCCUGCCUUUGCCUUCGUCAACAAGGAGGCCUUCCACGCCUUUCUCAAGGCCUACAUUCGCAUUGACAAGCACCCCAACGAUCCCAUUGUCUACCACCCUGAUCUCAUUGACCCUGUCGACAUGCAGGACUACGAGUUUGCCGAGGCGGCUUUCCUUGCUCCUGGUGUCGAUUGUGUUUACGUCAACCCCCGUACCGAUGAGGUCUCUCUUGGUUACAAGACCGACAUUCCCGGCCCCGCCUUCUAUCCUAGCUUCAUCAAUCCCAACCUCGGACACGAGAUCAACUCACAGCUCAAGAUGGUGCGCAUCGUGAUGGAAGAUUUCCGCGGUUGGACCGACGGACACGACUACCCGCUUCUCUACCACAACUUCCUCAACAAAAAGCCCGUCGCCAGCAUCGACGUCAGCCAGCUCAAGUACCCCAACAUCAACCAGAUCACCGUGAUCUUCCGUGGCCUUGAGACCGAGUGGAAGGGCGACAGCAACCACUACGUUGUCAACUACAACGUCACCACCAACCGCGUCUUUGUCGACUACGACCGUGAGAACGCCGAGGAGAUGGUCGAGGAGACCUUCCGUCUCGAGGUGCAGAUGGUGUACGAGGUUCAGUCGGAUGAGAUGCUCGUCGCUACGGGGCCGGAUGGAACCAACGAGGAGGACGAUAAGGCGAUCCUCUCGGUUCGGAUCAUCUUCCACCGCGACUCGGACAAGGACUACGGUCCCUACCUCCUCGAGCCCUUCGAUCUCGAGGAGAUCCUCGAUCCGGAGGACUUGACCGACGGCGGUCGGAUGGAGAGAAUCUUCUGGGAGAUCGCCGCCACCGCCGUCAAGGAGCGCCUCGGCGCUUAA